AUGUGCAUACGGUUCCAGAGCCUACAACUUCGGCCGCAAACGUUAGUGUACUCGGAGUUACUGCAACGGUUCAACCAUCUCGACGGGCUACCCGUAAAGUCCUACAGUAACGUAUGUCCGAGAAUUCUGAUUGGUCUUGAUCAUGCGUCGCUUGGGCAUGCUCUAAAAAGUCGAGAAGGAAAACCCUGUGAACCUAUCGCCGUCAAAACGCGCUUGGGUUGGAUCAUCUAUGGGAACACCUCACGAACACAACGACAGGGAAAUUACGUGAACGUGCAUUCUGUUAAAGUGUGUGAAUGUCAGCAUGAAUCCGACGAGAAUCUGCACGCCGCAAUGAAAAGCUACUUCAAUCUGGAUAGCCUUGGGAUUUCAAAACCGGAAAAGAUUUUGCGGUCGAAUGAAGAUCAACGAGCGUUGGAUAUGCUUGAAAAGCUAACAACCCCAAAAGAGGGAAGGUACGAAGCGGGACUCCUCUGGAAGUACGACAACGUUCGUUUUCCGAAUAGCCAAAGUAUGGCUUUCAGAAGAUGGCAGUGCCUUGACCGGCGUAUGCAAAUGGAUAAUAAUCUCGCAGAAACCGUUAGGAUGAAGAUGAAGGACUACGUGAAUAAGGGUUACGUGCGAAAGCUGACGCAAGCAGAACUCAACAAACAGCAGUCUCAACAAUGGUUCGUGCCCGUAUUCCCUGUUGUGAAUCCCAACAAACCGGGUAAGGUACGGCUAGUAUGGGACGCCGCUGCUCCUGCUCAUGGUGUUUGCCUCAAUUCGUUCCUAAUCAAAGGCCCUGAUCUUUUGACAUCGCUACUAGCAGUUCUCGUCCAGUUUCGGGAGUUUCGCAUCGCUAUCUGCGGGGAUAUUCGGGAGAUGUACCUGCAGAUUCUUCUGAGACAAGACGUUCGCCUGUGCUUCUUUGGAGGGACGAUUAUCGCACAAUAUGUGAAAAAUACCAAUGCUCAGCGAUUCCAGGAAAGUCAUCCGGCAGCGGUUCGAGCCAUCGUCGAUAAACAUUACGUGGAUGAUAUGCUUGCAAGCGUCGAAAGCGAACAAGAAGCAAUAGAUCUCGCGCUGAACGUGAAGGAAAUCCAUGCUGAAGCCGGCUUUGACAUGAGAAAUUGGAUCUCAAACUGUCCGGCUGUUUUGGAGGCGCUACAUGAGAGAAUCACGGAAGAGAAGGACCUUAGUAUGGCGGAAGGAGCCACUACGGAAAAGGUACUCGGAAUGUGGUGGAAUACUUCGACUGACUGUUUCACCUUCAAGAUUUCUCCUCGCUAUGAUCCAGAGCUUAUGUCGGGCCAGCGGAGACCAACCAAGAGGGAAGUACUCAGAACGUUGAUGAUGAUCUUCGACCCCUUGGGGCUUAUUGGUCAUUUCUUAAUGUUCUUGAAGGUGGUGUUACAGGAAAUAUGGAGAACGUCCGUCGGAUGGGAUGAUCCUAUAGAAGAAAAACAGUUUGGAAUGUGGAUGCAGUGGCUAAAGGUACUUCCUGAAGUGGCGACGGUAGAAAUCCCACGUUGCUAUAGGACCGCUACAUCAAUUGAUAGUACCAACGAAGUGCAAAUGCACAUCUUUGUCGACGCUAGUGAGAAAGGGUUCGCUGCAGUGGUAUAUCUGCGAUUCAAGCAAGGAGACAUCAUUGAAACGGCGCUGGUAGGAUCAAAGACACGUGUUGCACCUAUCAAGUUCCUAUCAAUUCCGCGAUCGGAGCUACAAGCCAGCGUAAUCGGAGUAAGGUUGGCGAACAGCAUAGCGCAAUCGCUGUCCGUCAAGAUUAACAGGCGCUUCUUUUGGACCGAUUCAAGCGACGUCAUCAGCUGGCUCAAAUCCGAUCAUCGCAGAUAUAGCCCGUUUGUCGCUUUCCGAGUGAGCGAGAUGCUGGAAGCUUCGGAUGUCAGCGAAUGGCAGUGGAUUCAAACGAAUAAUAAUGUCGCUGACGAUGGAACAAAGUGGAAACGAGUACCUGAUAUGAGAAAAACAAGUCGAUGGUUCCACGGCCCGGAAUUUCUCAAAACUUCAGAAGUAGAAUGGCCUGUGAAGAUACACGUCGAUAACGCUACCUCGGAGGAAUUACGUCCACAUUUAUUGCUGCACAUCAAAUUUCCAGAGCCAAUCAUCGAUCCUCAAAAUUUCUCCAAAUGGACUUCGCUUCUACGUCGAUGCGCAUACGUUUUUCGAUUCAUCGGGAAUGUAAAGACAUCUAGCUCUGAAGAAAGAACUGUUGGAGCAUUGACAGCUGGUGAGCUAGUAAAGGCUGAAAACUACUUGUACCGGCUGGCCCAAGGUAGUUCGUACGCAGAUGAGCUAGCAAUACUAUCGAACACAAGAGCGUCCAAAGAUUCUACCUUGACGAUACCGAAGAAUAGUUCAAUCUAUUAUCUCUGUCCGUUCCUGGACCAACAUGGCGUACUCCGGGUGCAUGGUCGAACCUCGGCGUGUCCCGGUGUGAAUCCGGAUGCAGUGAAUCCAAUCAUCCUUCCACGAAAUAAUCACAUCACGCGUCUCAUCAUAUCCCACUACCACAACAAAUAUCAUCAUCAAAACCACAAUACCGUGGUUAACGAGUUGCGCCAACGAUACAGCAUUUCUCGACUGAAGCCUGCCUACAAUGAGAUUCGUCGAUGCUGUCAGCAGUGCAAAACGAUCGUGCACAACCACUACCACCAGCUAUGGGCGACUUGCCAUUACCUCGCCUGGCCGCCUACGCUCGACAGUUCACGUAUAUGGGGUGGACUACUUUGGACCAAUUAUGAUUACCGUUGGACGUCGUCAGGAGAAGCGUUGGGUACUUCUCGCCACAUGUCUAACCACUCGCGCCAUCCACUUGCAAAUCAUACACAAUAUGACUACCGAUUCCUGCAUUCUGGGACUGAGAAACGUAAUGGCAAGGAGAGGGUACCUGCUGUAAUCUUUAGCGACCGGGGUACAAACUUCGUGGGAGCUAGCAGAGAGCUAGAAAAUGCCAUGCAGAACUUGGAUCAAGAGCUUCUUGCAGAAGAGUUCACUACCUCACACACCUCUUGGAGCUUCAUUCCCCGGCCUCGCCCCAUAUGGGUGGAUCGUGGAGCGGCUAGUACGCAGUGUUAA